ACACUUACCGAAAUAGGUUCAAUCCACGGUUAUUUUCGUCUUCACUCCUCCCUUUCUCCUCUUCACUCUCGACUUGAAAUUUAAUUAAACCCCUCUUUCUCACAUACACACGCAGAGAACACACACAAUUCAGACUUAUUUAACACUAAUCAAAGCUCUACACAACAAUGGCCGACGAAGGCAAAGACAUCGAAAAGCUCUAUGAGUACGGCGAACGUCUCAAUGAAGCCAAAGACAAGUCUCAGAAUGUAGAAGAUUACGAGAACAUAAUUAAGGCAGCCACGAGUAGUAGUGUAAAGGCAAGACAAUUAGCUGCACAGCUUAUCCCGCGAUUUUUCAAGUUCUUUCCUGAUCUUUCUGUUUCUGCCGUCGAUGCUCAUCUUGAUUUGUGCGAAGCUGAAGAACUCGGGAUUAGGGUUCAAGCAAUUCGCGGCCUUCCUCUUUUUUGCAAGGAUACACCUGAGCAUCUUUCAAAAAUUGUUGACAUUCUAGCACAACUCCUUACUGCUGAAGAGAAUGUAGAGCGUGAUGCAGUUCAUAAAGCCCUUUUGUCAUUAUUGAGGCAGGAUGUGAAAGCUUCAUUGACAGCGCUCUUUAAGCACAUUGAGAGCGUUGAUGAGCCAAUCACGGAUGAAAACCUUCGCGAGAGGACACUGAUUUUCAUAAAAGAUAAGGUUUUUCCUCUAAAAGCUGAGCUCCUAAAGCCUCAAGAGCAAAUGGAAAGACAUAUAACUGAUUUGAUUAAGAAAAGUUUACAAGAUGUGACUGGUGCGGAGUUUGAAAUGUUCAUGAAUUUCUUAAAAAGUUUAAUUCUGUUUGGAGAAAAAGCUCCUCCUGAGCGUGUGCAAGAGCUGAUUGAAAUUAUAGAAGCGCAAGCUGAUUUAGAUAUACAGUUCGAUGUUUCAGAUGUGGACCAUUAUGAUCGAUUGAUAUCAUGUCUGUUCAUGGCCAUUCCAUUUUUUAUGAGAGGUGCAUCGAACAGCAAAUUCCUGACCUACUUGAACAAACACAUUUUUCCUAUUUUUGAUGAGCUUCCUGAAGAACGCAAAGUUGGCUUGCUGAAAAACCUUGCUGAAUGCUCUCCUUACACAGCACCACAGGAUGCCAGAUUGAUUUUUCCUUCAGUUAUUCAACUUCUAAAGAAGUACAUGCCUAAGAGGAAAACGGCUGAAGAGAUGAACUUUACAUACGUGGAAUGUUUAUUAUUCACAUUUCACCAUUUAGCAAGCAAGGCACCAAACGCUUCCAAUAGCCUAUGUGGCUACAAAAUUGUAACAGGUCAACCAUCAGAUAGGCUUGGUGAGGACUUCACAGAACAGUACAAAGAUUUUACAGAGAGGUUGAACUGUGUUGAAGAGCUUGCCAAGGCAGCCAACAAGAAACUGACUCAGGGAAUGGCUGAACACAGCAAAGCAAUGUCUACUGCUAAGUCUGAUGAAGAAAAGGCUAACAUUAAAACUCAGAAGCAGAAUGCGACGACUGGUUUGCGAACAUGCAAUAACAUACUAGCUAUGACACAGCCAUUGCACUCAAAGUCACCUUCAUUUAUUGGGGAUAAGAGAAUCAACUUAUCUUGGAAGGAAGCCGUCAAACCCUCCCAACAUACUACUGCUACUUCCGCUGGAGGAAAACGUUCUGCCAAUGAUAAUAACGGGUCAAAUACUUAUGCAAACAAGAAAGGUCGUGGAGGCGGUGGUAUGCAAAACCAACUUUUUAAUAGGGCAUUUGAAAAUUUACCACAAGGAGGGAGAAGCGGUUCAAGGGGAGGCAGAGGCAGGGGCCGAGGUAGGCAAGGAAGGGGAAGGGACUAUUGGUAGGUUUGAUCUACCCUUGUGCAAAAUAAUCGGGUAAAUUUUAUUCAGAAGAGUGUAGAAUUUCAGAAGCGCCCAUCAGUAAUAUGUAUUCUUCUAUGAGUCCUGGAAGGAAAAGCCAGAUAAAUCAAGGAGUUCGGGCCAGAGCGGCUUUUUCGAAUUAUAUCUCUAAAGUCUUGUCUCCACUCUUGAAGAGCUACAGCCUUUCCUCAACUUAGCCAAGUACUGUUUUUCUCAUACAAAGUAGGAACAACACUUUAAAAUCCGGAUAUUCUUCUUUUUUUAUAUUAUCCCUGAUUGUGUUUACUGAAUCGUUUUUUUUAUUAAUUAUUGAACCGUGGAAAACAAUUUAUAAGAUUUGCUAUAUCUUAUUUUUAUUUGCUUG